AUGGCUCUUGCGCUCUCUCCUUCUCUUAUCGUCGCGCAUAUCUCAGCAUAUGCUCACCUUGACAAAGGCUCUGAGACUAUUCACUCUCAGACAUCUAUCCUCUGCCUCCCGUCCUGCCUCGAAAACCCUCGCGAAUCAGCGAUCCUUCUUGAAACCCUUCACCGGUAUCUCCUCGAGAAGCCGGACCAGUCUAGCCUACAUGGUCCACAACCUCCCUGCGCGAUAGUGACCUGGGAAACUAACGAGGGUAGCUUCUACUCGGGUCAGCCCCCGCUGAACAGAUUGUCAUUCCAGCGACAAUCGCCCGAAAAGCUCAAUGCGCAUUUGAACGCGCCGAACGCGCGUUUCAUCCUGUUCAGAGACCUGAAGCCUCUGGUCAAGAAGGAUAGUCCGAGCGAAUGGCUCUUCCUCAGCAAGUCGGAUAUCGAGUCACACGUCGGACCGGACUUUAGCGGGCCCUCAUCCGAGGAUGCAGCCUCCAAGGAACGUUCCAGGCUUUUCGAGGCAGCCCGCCUUCCCGCCUAUCUCCCACCCAUCGUCUUCCUCGGGAUCGAUGACCGCGCCGAUGCCUCGACCGACUCCAAGCCGAUGUCGGAGGACCCACUGAACCCAAGGGGCGUACCGUACUUUGCCAUGGACGCGCCCAAGGGGGACUGGGUACCCGAGGGCGGAGAGUUUGGGGAUGCGCGAAGUGUAGGGAGCGGGAUGGGCGGGUGGGAGGCGGGGGUGUUUGCACAGGGGAGGGCGCUGGUAGAUUGGAACUCGAGGAACAAGUUCUGUGCCGGCUGUGGGUCGCCCACUUACUCGCUCUGGGGCGGAUGGAAGCGCAGCUGUACGAGCGCGCUUGAACCGGAAGAGGGCAAGGAGGCCUGCUUCUCCACAAAGGGGCUCCAUAACUUUGCAUACCCCCGGACCGACUCUGUGGUCAUCAUGGGCAUCCUGAAUGAGGCUGGAGACAAGAUGCUCCUCGGAAGGCAAAAGUCAUGGCCCAAGGGCAUGUACUCGUGUCUCGCUGGCUUCAUUGAGCCUGGAGAGUCCUUCGAAGAUGCUGUUCGGCGCGAGGUGCUCGAAGAAGCGGGCAUAGUAGUUGGGCCUGUCAGAUAUUCGUCCAGUCAGCCCUGGCCGUACCCCGCGAACAUCAUGGUCGGCUGCUUCGGACGUGCCUCAGACGACCAGACCAUCCGCUUUGACCUCGACAAUGAGCUCGAAGACGCCCAAUGGUUCUCCCGCUCCGUCCUCGCCGGGCUCGUGGGCAGUAAAGAGGGCUCCUAUCUAUCGAAGGACGACCUCAAGAAGCUGGAUGACACUUCGACUGGGAAGGCCAAGAUGGAGGAUGACAGGGUCACUGCCAAUGCGCUGGCGCCGUCAGAGGAUCAGGGCAAGAAGGACGUGGAUGCUGAGGGCAAGAAGGGCAGGCAGGGAAUGGAGUUGACGAGGGUGCCGCCCGACACGGCGAUUGCGGGUAUGUUGAUCCGGACUUGGGUCAAUGGAGGUGUGGAGCUGGCGUCGACAUCGAAGUUGUAG